GGAAGUGGGUACAGUUUUGUCAUCAUAAAUACAGCCAGGCCUAAGCUAGCGUUAGUUGCGACGUUUUAGGAUACACUUAUGUACGCGUAGAUCAUUGACUGCAUGAUACGUUCACCUUCGGCAGUGUUAGCCUAAACAAGUCAGCCAUGAAUCCAGACAUACGUAAAGAACGGGAAAAUGCAACUUUUAACGUCGAGAUACUCACGUCUAUCCUGGACGGCAGUCCUGAAAAGACCCGAAGGAGGAGAGAAAUUGAGACACUGGUGAUAAACGACCCAGACUUUCAGCAUGAAGACCUGAACUUCCUGUCCAGGAGCGAGCGAUAUGACGCGGCAGUGAAGAAGAGCGCUCAAAUGAUCCUGAAGCUACGGGAGUAUGGCAUCUCCGACCCGGAGGAAAUCUACUGCUACAAGAGCGUGGCACGGAGCCACUACCAGGAGGCCCUGGGGCUGCACUUUGUCAUGUUCUUGCCCACCCUGUAUUCCCAGUGUGACCCACAGCAGCUCCAGAAGUGGGUCCCCUUGGCCGAGUCAUUCAAGGUCCUGGGCACCUACGCCCAGACAGAGAUGGGCCACGGCACCCACCUCCGCGGGCUGGAGACCACGGCGACCUACGACCCCGCCACCCAGGAGUUUGUCAUGAACAGCCCCACUGUCACCUCCAUCAAGUGGUGGCCCGGCGGACUGGGUAAGACAUCCAACCACGCCAUAGUGCUGGCCCAGCUUCACACCCAGGGCAAGAGCCACGGCCUGCAUGCGUUCAUCGUGGCCAUCCGCAGCAUGGGCACCCACAUGCCCCUGCCAGGUGUUGUGGUCGGCGACAUCGGACCCAAGUUCGGCUUCGACGAGGUCGACAACGGCUACCUGAAGCUGGAGAACGUGCGGAUCCCUCGGGAGAACAUGCUGAUGAAAUUUGCCAAGGUGGAGCCAGACGGUACGUACGUGAAGCCCCCCAGCUCCAAGCUGACGUACGGCACCAUGGUCUUCAUCCGCUCCAUGAUCGUGGGCGAGUCGUCCCGCGCCCUCUCCAAGGCCUGCACCAUCGCCGUGCGCUACAGCGUGGUCCGACACCAGUCGGAGAUCCGCGCGGGGGAACCAGAGCCCCAGAUCCUGGACUACCAGACCCAGCAGCACAAGCUGUUGCCUCUGCUGGCCACGGCCUACGCCUUCCACUUCGUGGGCCAGUACAUGAACCAGACGUACCACCGCAUCACCGGGGACAUCAGCCACGGGGACUUCAGUGAGCUGCCCGAGCUCCACGCCCUCUCCGCGGGCCUCAAGGCCUUCACCACGUGGACGGCCAACGCGGGCAUCGAGGUGUGCCGCAUGUCGUGUGGCGGCCACGGCUACUCGCGCAGCAGCGGCCUGCCGGACAUCUACGUCACCUUCACCCCCACUUGCACCUACGAGGGGGAGAACACAGUCAUGAUGCUGCAGACCGCCAGGUACUUGAUGAAGUGCUACCGGCAGGCGCGGGGGGGCCAACAGCUGAGCGGCAUCGUGUCCUACCUCAACGAAUCAGAGCGCAGGGUGCAGCCCCAGUCCGUGUCAGCCCGCCCCACCGUGGUCAACAUCAACGACCUGGCCAGCCUGGUGGAGGUGUACAAGCUGCGGGCCGCCAAGUUGGUGGAGCUGGCAGCUAAGAGUAUCCAGCAGGAGCUGCAGCAGAGGAGGAGUCAGGAGGACGCCUGGAACCGCAGCUCCAUAGACCUGGUCAGAGCCUCAGACGCCCACUGUCACUAUGUAGUGGUGAAGCUGUUUGCAGCCAAGCUGGGGGAGAUCGGGGACACCGGCGUGCACUCGGUCCUCAGCAGCCUGGCUCUGCUGUACGCCCUGCACGGCAUCACCCUGCACUCCGGGGACUUCCUGCAGGCGGACCUGCUGAGCGUGCCCCAGGUGAACCAGGCGAACCAGCGUGUGAAGGAGCUGCUGGCCCAGCUGAGGCCCAACGCCGUGGCGCUGGUGGACGCCUACGACUACCGCGACCAGAUGCUCAACUCGGUCCUGGGACGCUACGACGGCCAGGUCUACGAGAACAUGUUCGAGUGGGCCCGCAGGUCGCCGCUCAACCGCACCGAGGUUCAUGAUUCGUACCACAAAUACCUGAAGCCCCUGCAGUCUAAGUUGUGAGCUGACCUCUCAACCCUGACCCCCUGACCCCCGGCUAUGACCUGAGGAGUGGGAAGUAGUCUAACAGUCAACUAACUCAACAAUGGAAAUCAAAAUACUCUCGGUAAUCAGUUAUUCUUCUGGAUGAAAUCCUUUCUAAUUCUACUUUUUCAAGUGGAUCUUUGCCACACUGUCCUGCAGGUGCAUUGAGAACACGAGUCGACAGGAAGGUGUGUGAAAAAGCAUAAGGGUUUCUCCAUUCUUAAUCUUAACCAAUAAUCAAUCCUUGUCAUCUAAUCACGCUGUUUGAAAUCAUGAAUAUUACUGUAUAAAUCUCUCAGAUGCUGAGAAUUUGUAGAAUCCGUUAGAACUCUGGGUAAGAGUGAAUCAUUAAAGAAGUGACCGUAUUGGAUCCCAAUUUUAAGGAUUGGCUGCUAAGAGUUCCCUUGUAUUAACACUAUGAUAGAAGCAUAGUGAACAGUAAUGAAUGUAAUUAAGAUACAUUUUGUAUGUAUGUGUCAGAGAGAGUGAAUGAGAGUGUGAGAAGUUGGUAAAAAAAGAAAAUGUUUCAGAGAGAACUUCUUCUGGUGGUGUUACCGGUACUGUCCAUGCAAUAUGCACAACAGUGACAUUGGUUGUGGUAAAUAAAGAGGCCUUUUUGUUCUUCUACUCGUACAACCACUAAUGUAUGCCUGAGGAUUGCCCUGCAAUGUGGGGUUUGAAUGGCAUUCAGGAAUAGGCUACAUACAUUAAGAUGGCCCGAUGAUGUUUUAAGAGGAUUCAGAAUAAGUAGGAAUCUGUCCAAAAAAGAGUUGUAUUUUAUAACUUUUCAUUGACUCUGAUAAUUGACACUUUUUUUCCCAGUUACAACAUCUUGGUUACCUGGGUGAAGUUCAACACAAUCAGUGAUCGUUUCGGUGUAAAUCUUAUGUGCCUGAGGAACUUGCCUUGAACUUGAACUUGGAAUACAGACAUUAACAUAAUGUUCUCUCACAGUUCCUUUACUUUACUUUCCAUCCUUGUUGACAUAACCCUUCUAUGGAUCAUAUGAACUGAUGUUUUACAGAUAUAGUAUGAUUUAUAUGGCUGAACCAUUUUUUGUUUCUUUGUACUCAUUUGACCUCAUAUAAUGUAUACAAUUCCUUAUGAAGUGAUUUUGUCAAUUGAUGAUUUGUAAUUGCUUGGAAGUCAUUGCUGUAAGAUGAUCUUGUAGUUAAUAAAAUAUGAAAUAUG